AUGCCGGAAUUUCUACCCAGGGCAAAAUUGAAAAAUUAUCCCUCCCGAAACUUGAUACUGAUGAAAAGAAAAGGAACUAUACAUUUCAGAGCCAGUUUCACCUUGGACCCUGUUAUUCAAAAACAAGUUAAAGAAGCCUUCGUCAAACUUUAUCAGGACGGAUUAAUUUAUCGGGGCGAGACCCCAGAAUUAGCGGCCAAAAGAGAAGUUUUUGAAGAAACUAAUUUAGUGGUGGAAAAUCUCGAAAAUAUUGCGGAAGAAAUUGAAGAAAAAGAAAAAAUUCUCGCGGUUAAAUUUGUAGAUUAUAAUUCUUGGGAGGUCAAAGAAGGGAGUGGACUCUACCGAAGUUUUUUUACUAAUUUUGACGAAUAUCUCAAACCAUUAAAUUCGGCAAAAAAUGAUUAUUUGUUAGUUGCUACCAGCCGUCCAGAAACUAUUUUUGCCGAUGUAGCCUUAUUUAUUAAUCCCCACGACCAGCCGGAUGAAAGCAUUAAAAUUGAUUUUGGCAGUGGGGUUUUGAAAUGCACUCCCGGACAUGAUUUUGCUGAUUAUGAACUAGGAAAAAAAUAUCAAUUGCCAAUAAUUAGUUGUGUCAAUGAAAAGGGUAUAUUAAACGAAUUAGCGGGACCGUGGCAAGGACGAGAAAUUAGCAGUAUUCGCGAAGAAUUUGUGGCUAAAUUAGUGGAAAAAAAAAUCUGUGUAAAAAUUAAGGAGUAUGAGACUAAUUUGGCUUAUUCUUCUAAAUCAGGAGCGGUAAUUGAACCCCUGCUUUCCCAACAGUGGUUUUUGGAUUUACCAGCCUUAAUUAAGGAAGUAGAAAAAAAACAGCCCAAUUUCUUGUCAAAAAUAGAGUUCAUGCCUAAUCAAUUCCAAAAAAAAAUUGAGGAUUGGAAAAACAAAACUCAUGAGUGGUGCAUUUCCCGCCAACUAUGGUGA